AUGCAUCCUCUGUCUCUUACGCUGGCUACUUUCGCGACACUAGUACUAUCUAUUAUUCUCGCUUCUACUCCAGUGCAAGCAGCUCAUCUUGGAGAGAAAUGGGAGGCUACGAGCUUCUGUAAAUGCAUAUGCUUCGGUUCAAACUACACGAUCUUGCAUCUAGUCACGCCUGACAACCCAUCCAAGCCAUGUCUCUCCUGCACAAAGCAGUGGUGCAUUAACCAGAACCUACCCAUCUGCCAAGGCGCAACAUUGGGAGAUACCGAUCCGGACACCGCUACGGGCAAAGAGGGCGACGUCGAAGCCCGGUGUUUCCAGCGGGAUUCGCCACGAGAUCAACUUGUGGUUACACUCUUCUUGCUCACGAUUUUUGGACUGCUCCUCGGAGCGGGAAUCAAGGGUAAGAUGGUAAAGGCCGGAAUCGACUUUAGCGUACCGUGGACCUCGGGAAGACGUUGGUGGGAGACGUGGAAUCCCCGACUACCAUUUGAACGCAUAAACUUGGGUGUGCAUUCACCGUUCUCGCGACGUUCCGAAGAUGAUGAGAGGCGGCGAGGGGAGUAUGAGCAUAUCGAAAACAACGACCUAUAACUGCCUGUUUUUCAUACUCGACCUUCAUUUUGUAAUUAUACACAUAG